AUGUUCUCAAAUUGGGUAUUUAGCCUCUUGGCACUAUACCCUCUACUACACGUCUCCAACGCCCAGUCAUGUUGGAGAAACACGACUUGUACUGGUCCGGAUGAGCCAGCUUUCAAAGGUAUCUGGGAGUCCAACAUCUACGCCCCCAGUUCGCGAUCAGUCGCACCCAAGUAUUUCUUAUCCGAUGAUAGCUUAAUACCGCGAGAGUAUCCUGGCUCCGUGUCCCUGAUGAACAAUGGCUCACAGGUCUUCCUCGAUUUUGGCUACGAGGUCGGCGGCAUCAUUUCUCUCUCAUGGGCAGCAAAUGGUACCGGACAGCUUGGCAUGGCCUUCACAGAGUCCAAGAAUUGGAUCGGCACCUGGUCGGAUGAUUCGAAUGGCGGUGAAGGACGCGAUGGCGCGCUUUACACUAACCUCACGGCUACAAACGGGCAUCUGAUUUCGUGCACGAUGCCGGAUGCCAAGCUGAGAGGAGGCUUCAGGUAUCUUACGCUGUUUCUUGUUACGGACGAUAUUGUCAGUGUGGGGGUCUCCCAUGUUGAGCUCGAGAUCGGGUUUCAGCCGACUUGGGCCAAUCUCAAGGCGUACCAGGGGUACUUUCACUCGAAUGACGAGACACUCAACAAGAUAUGGUACAGCGGGGCGUAUACGUUGCAGACUAACGCCGUGCCAACCGACUUCGGGAGGGCUACCCCUUUUCCUGCUAGUGGCUGGAACAAUACGGGUUACCUUGGUCCAGGAGAUACAAUCAUUGUCGAUGGAGCCAAAAGGGAUAGGGCCGUAUGGCCGGGUGACAUGGGCAUUGCCGUUCCAUCUACGUUUGUCAGUAUCGGAGAUCUGGACUCGGUCAAGAAUGCUCUACAGGUCAUGUAUGAUUACCAGAACCCGGAUGGAUCCUUUCCGGAAGCUGGCCCGCCCUUGCUUCAACAAGGUAGUGACACCUAUCAUAUGUGGAGCAUGAUUGGAACUUACAACUACGUCCUCUACAGCAAUGACACGGGUUUCUUGAUGAAGAAUUGGGACAAGUACCUCGAUGCCAUGGAAUACAUGUACGGCAAAGUUGACAGCUCCGGUCUGCUGAAUGUCACCGGCACCAGGGACUGGGCCCGGUGGCAACAAGGCUUCAACAAUAGCCAAGCGAACAUGAUACUUUAUCGAACAUUGCAGACCGGAGCAGAUCUGGCCACAUGGGCCGGAGAUACCACGGGCCUCAGCGAUACGUACCUGAGCCGGGCAUCCGGACUCAAAGAAGCAAUCAACAAUUACUGCUGGGACUUUUCUUACGGCGCAUUCAAGGACAACGCGACGUCGACCGCGCUACAUCCGCAAGACGCCAACUCCAUGGCCGUCCUCUUCAACGUGACCCCCUCUGACCGCGCCCAAAACAUCUCCGAAAGGCUCCUCGAAAAUUGGACCCCAAUCGGAGCCGUCACCCCUGAACUCCCCGAGAACAUCUCCCCCUUCAUCUCCUCCUUCGAGGUUCAAGCCCACCUCGCCAUUGGCGAGACGGCCCGCGCACUGGAGCUGAUCAGGCGGUGCUGGGGCUGGUACUUGAACAACCCGAAUGGAACCCAAUCGACCGUCAUUGAGGGAUACCUUCAAAACGGGACAUUUGGGUAUAGGUCUAACCGGGGUUACCGAUACGAUAAUAGCUACAUCAGCCACGCGCAUGGCUGGAGCAGCGGGCCUACGUCGAGUUUGACGGAGUACGUUCUAGGCUUGUCAGUCACGGGAAGAGCCGGGGAGACGUGGAGUUUGAAGCCGCAGUUUGGAGACUUGACGCAUGUGGAGGGAGGGUUUAUGACGCCGUUGGGGAGGUUUGCAGCGGGCUGGGAUGUGAAGGAUCGAGGGUAUAAUGUAAGUAUAACGACACCGGUGGGGACGAGCGGAGAGGUGGUGGUUCCCGAUUUAGAGGGAGGGAAGGCGGCACAGAUUACGGUCGAUGGAAAGGUGGAGAAUUUCACGGCUGAGAAGGGUGGCAUGAGGAUUUGGCUUGAUGGAGGAGAGUAUACGAUUACCGUUGAGUCUCGAUAG